AUGUCCAAUUCCGUAAGCGAGAAUGAUGUUCUUUCAAUGUUCUUUGAUGACGAUUUCCUGCCACAUGAUUACUUAGAUGCGCUUUUCUCCUCUUCCCUCACUCUAUCCAAGCCUACUCUAAGAAACAAGUCUAUCGAGUUUGCUAAUGCCAGAUCGUUACAUGUGCUUCAAAGUAGAUGCUCCUCAUUACUCACACACUUUGACUAUUACACGAAUGAGCUUACGCGACAAUUUGAGACCAAGAUGAGCGAUUUGAAGAACUCUUCAUCUAUUAUAUCGUAUAGAUCUGAAACUCGUUCAGCCAAAGAUGAAAUCUCAGGACAGACCCAUGACAAUGACGAUUCUUUAGUUGGAAUUACCCGUCUUGAAUAUUAUGUUAGUAACCUUUCUAGUGCAUUGAACUCUACAGUGAGAGAUUUGGCCGAGACUAAUGGUAAGGUGCUGAAAUUCGCUGAAGAUAAUCGAUUCAAGAAAGCUGAGGCUUCAGUGCAAGAUCUUCAGCGAAUGAUGAAGGUGAAAAGCCGAAUCAACCAAGUUAUAGAAGUUUUCGAUACAAUACGGUCGCUAGUGGCAUCUAGUAUUUCAGAGGAAGCUGGUGACUCCUCGUUAUUGGAACUUGCACCUACUACAGUAGCCAAUGAGAGUUCGGUUAACUCUAAAGCCGAUGAAAACGCUGCUGAUCUGCAUUUUGAUGCUGAUUCGUUUGGGUCGGCCAUCUCUCUCCUCAAAGAAUUGAUCCUCGGACAGAUAUCCUCUGAGAGAAAGAAAGUUCAAUCUGAUCCAGAGGAGAAUAAGAGUCCGAAGAAGGACUUUGUUUCUAUAAUAGAUGGAAUGAUCGAUCUAGAGCCGUUUUUCAAAAGUAUGAACAGAUUUUAUUCACAGUACGUGCAAUUUGUCCAGUUCUUGAGGACGGAAAAGGAAAGAUACCUAAGUAUAUACGACUAA